AGGUUACUUGCCGAUUGUGCUCAUAUUUUUCAUCGUAAACGUCUCAAACAAUAUGGCAGUGCGUUAUGGUGUCUCCAUGCCGCUUUUCAUCGUGUUUCGUUCGAGCACUCUUCUGGCGAAUGUCUUGCUUGGUUAUCUGUUACGUAACAGGCUGUGCUCAUUUAAAAAAUUCAUUGCGAUAAUUCUUGUUACUGUUGGUGUUGUGCUUUUUACGGUGGCUGAUGAACUGUCGAAGCGUGCAAGCACCAAUCAGCAGCAGCAGCAGCAGGGCGAUUCGGCACAGUCUUGGCGUGCCCUUCCUUCUUCAUUCGUUGGAGUAUUUCUGUUGUCGUUAGCAGUGUUCUUAUCCGCAUAUUUGGGGAUUUACCAAGAAGAUUUGUAUCGAACUUAUGGAAAACAUUCGGAAGAAGCCAUGUUCUUUGUUGUAAGUUUAACUCUCACAGUAUGGAUUUUUCUAGUCUGGUUGUGGUUUACGUAUUCUUCAGGAUAUAAGGAUGACACAUAUGUUGGGAACACACUCGCAAAAUUUCAGCCUCCCAGUUUCCCCGAUUGCUGAGU